UGUAGGAAGCAGUUCGAAGUGACAAACUUGCAUCAAUGAUCCCUUGAUAGUUUUAAGAAUCUUUUCUUAAAGUUUUGAUCUAUCACAUCAAAGUGACUUGAACCAGCAAGCAGUGCAUAAUUGAAGUGCAUCCUGGGAAUGUCAGAUUGCUGACAAAAUGAGUGAAACACCUUCAACCACAUAUUCUGUGACUCAGCCUCACACUUCAGAGACCGAACAGUCUUUGUCCCCACGCCCCCUCAAUGUCACUGACCCAGUUGUGGCCAAACGGAUCUGCUUUUACAAAAGUGGAGACCCUCAAUUUAAUGGGGUCAAGAUGGUUGUUAAUAGCAGAUCUUUCAAAUCCUUUGAUGCCUUGCUUGACAAUUUGUCCAAGAGAGUCCCAUUGCCUUUUGGAGUGAGGACUAUCACUACACCACGAGGAAUACAUGGUGUCACUAACCUGGAAGACCUUGAAGAUGGAAAGUCAUACAUUUGCUCCCAACAGAAGAAAAUCAAACCCAUUAACUUGGACAAGGCCAGCAAGAAGCCAUUGCCAUGGCAGAUCAGCAGGCCUGUGAGUGCUCGCCGCAAAGCCAUACAGUUAGCUAGAGAGGGUGAAGAUGGGGUGUUCCAGAGAGGUGGCAACAUCCAUAUCGGUACCCCUAAGAAGUUGCUGGUUUUCAAAAAUGGGGAUGCAAGAAUCCACCGCACCAUUGUCUUGGGUAAAAAGAACACACAAAACUUUGAGGCGUUUCUGGACCACAUUAGUGAAUUAAUGCAGUAUCCAGUUGAGAAGUUAUAUACCACUGAUGGCAGAAAGGUCCCCAGCCUUCAAGCUCUGAUCCUAUGUUCAGGAGCUGUUGUGGCAGCAAGCAGAGAACCUUUUAGACCAGGCAGUUAUGACCCUCAUAGGUAUUCGUUGCCAGGUAGACUGCCCGGGAUUUCCAGUCGAGUAUAUCCCAAAACCAACACCAAAUCAGAGGGCAGGAAAACUGCCAAAUGGAAGGUAACAGUUUUUACCAGUGACCAACCAUCUGCAGGUACCAGCUCACAGGUUUAUAUUGCAUUGUAUGGGGACCAAAGUAAUUCAGGAGCUAUCUUUCUAUAUGGAGAGAAGAAAAAUGUGUUUGAAAGAGGCAACAAAGACACCUUCAUUAUUCAGACAGAUGAUGUAGGAGAUCUGUACAAAGUACGAAUUGGACACAAUAACUCUGGAGAAAACCCUGCCUGGCAUUGCAAAGAGUUUCUGCUGCAGAAUCUCAUGACAGAUGAACAGUUUGAUUUUCCUGUUCAUAGAUGGCUGGCACAAGACCAAGAUAAUGGAGAAAUCUGUCGGGAGCUUCCUGUUUUACAACAGGGCCAGCCUCUUCUUCCAGUUGCAAUGUAUGAAGUACAGGUGGUAACAGGUGAUCUGUGGAAUGCUGGGACAGAAGCCGAUGUCUACAUUUCUGUCUAUGGAGAAGAAGGUGACACAGGAUCCCGACAGAUGCAUAGGUCAAAGAAACCAAGGAAAUUUUUGAAAGGACAAGCUGAUAUCUUCUCACUUGAAGCUGUACAUCUUGGAAAGUUACAUAAGAUUAUUAUAGGACAUAAUGGACUUGGCUCAGGUAAUGGUUGGUUUCUGGAGAAAAUUGUAGUCAUUGAUCCCAUCACAAACUCAGAUUAUAACUUUUUGUGUCACAGAUGGCUGGAUCAAGGAGAAGACGAUGGCAACAUUUUCAGAGAAUUACAUGUCAUCACUAACAGCACCUUUGCUGGGAGGCAAGAACUAGAAAUCAAAAGAAAAGAAAUGUGGGAAGCAGAAAAGUGGAAAUAUCAGAAAGGGAACACACUUCAGUUAUACAACAAGGUUACCCGAAGUUUUAUACGCCUCAGUCCAGAUGGAACAGUAGAUGCCCUUGGAGACAAGAAGGACAAAUAUGGUUUUUUUGAUUUGACUCUGAAGAAAGGCAAUAUAUGUACGUUUAAGUGUCAUCCGAUGCCACAUCUAGCCCUAGCUCUUGUUCAUGGCUCAGUUACUGGAAUGGAUAAUGGCGAUAUCAGCUGCGAGCUGCAGGUUCAUCUUCAGGCAAAUCGCUGCGCAAUUCUGGAAUCUGUCCGGAACCCAGGGCAGAUUGUUACAUUCAAUCUACAGGGAACAAUAGCUGAUGAUACCAUGAGCUAUGCAGGCCUAACAAAAGAAUUCGUUGUUCAUGUAAAGGGAGUCUUCCAUAACAGUGCCAUAAUUUUACUCACCACUAGUCCCUGCCAAUCUCUUUGCCUAAGGCCUGAUGGGAGCUGCAGUGGAGCAGGAAAUCAAACUGAUGAUUCUUACUGGAGAGUGCAUAAAAUCAGCUCUGGGGUCUGUAUGUUUGAAAGUGUAAAAAACCCACAAAUGUAUCUGAGGAUCAAAGAUGACCAGUGUGAUGGAAGAGGCACAGGAGAUACAAACUGUCAUUUUAAAGUGGAGAAGAAUUUAGAAAGUGGCGCAAUAAGCCUAGAAUCUGUGCGAAACAGAGGAAUAUACGUUGGUCUUCUGCCAGAUGGUCAGACCAGACCUGUUGUUCACACUGGAGAAAGCAACGUUUUGUUUUACCCACAAGUUCUCAAAUUUGGCAGAGGAAAACCUAUGGGAACAUCUGCAACUGCUGCCGAACAGAAAGCAGAGAUCAGAGAAUCCAAACAGCCCCCACCAGGAAUCCAGAAUCUAGUGAGCAAUGGUGAAUCAGAUUCUUCCCUCUCAAGAAUUUUUCACCACAUACAAGUACUGUCAUUUCUAACACCCACCAGCGAUAAACAUUUCAGAAGAGCAACCUGCUUAUUAUGUGUGGUAUCUGUUUGUUUGCUUCUUGCAAUUCAGGUUGAAAUUAAACGUACUGGAAGCAUUUACAAGAUUCGAAUAGGGCAAGAUGGAACAAAGAAGCAUUCCGAAUGGAUGAUAGCAAAGGUGACACUACAACAUAUAAAGAGCAGGAAAAUUCUGAACUUCCCAGCAAAUAAGCGGCUGUCAUGGAGUCAGGGGAAAGGAGAUAUUCUAUGUGAACUUCCAGUUGAAGAAAAUGGAAAAUGCCUUUAUCCAAUUCUGAGCUACCAAGUUUAUGUAUACACGGGGCAUGUGGAACAGGCUGAAACAGAUUCUGCAGUUUACUUAUGCAUAUGUGGAGAGAGAGGAGAUUCUGGCUUAAGGCUUCUUCGUGAGUCUGAUAAGCCCAUGAAGUUUCAAAGAGGGAAGGUGAUUAUGUUUGAAAUCCAGGCUGUAUCCCUUGGAAAUCUAAGGAAAGUUGUGUUGCGCUGUGAGGCCAACCACAAAUCACAGCACUGGUACUGUGAGAAAGUAAUCAUCAGAGAAACUGGGAAAGACUUGGCAUAUCUUUUCAGCUGUGAGAGGUGGCUGCCAUUUAUGUCCCAAGGCAUAAUUCAUUCAGAAAUAGAACUCUUCCCUCAAGACAUGCAAAUAAAUCAUCAACUGAAAAUAAAAGAGGAAGAGGAUGGAGAAGAUUGGAAAAUCACUAUUGUCACUGGAGAUUUCAAAACAGCUGGCACAACAGCAACUGUGUCCCUUUAUGUUUAUGGAGAGAACAAGGCUUCAGGUCCUCUUAUUCUGGGAUGUGGGAAACACCAGCUGUUUAAUCCCAGUAGUGCAGAUACAUUCAAGAUAAAUCUAAAAGAGGUUGGAGAAUUGUAUAAAAUACGGAUUGGCCAUGACAACAGUGGAUCAGAUCCUAGUUGGUAUCUAGAGGAGAUUAGAAUUCAAAAGGUAGAUUCACAGUCAGAGCAAGAAAUAUGUUUGCCUCUUGGCUGCUGGCUAGCUGAAGAUCAAGAUGAUGGAGACAUAUGGAGAGAAAUAGCAAUCAGGAGACCUGAAAAAGCACUUCUCCCAUUGGUGGUAUACGAGAUACAUGUAUAUACAGGGUCAGAGCCUGAUGCAGAAACAAAUGCUAAUGUGUACAUUACUCUUAUUGGAAACAGAGGAGAUUCUGGAAAGCGAAAACUUCAUAGAUCAAAGAACAAUAAAAUCAAGUUUCGGCAAAAUCAGAGUGAUGUGUUCUAUAUAAAGGCAAUUUCUGUUGGAAAUCUGAAUAAAAUUCUCAUUAGUCAUGAUGGAACUGGUCCAGGUAGUGGUUGGUUCCUUGACAAGGUCAUCAUCAAGUUUCAAGAAGGAGAGGAAGAAGCAGUAAUUCUCUUUCCGUGUGAUAGAUGGCUAGAUGAGUACCAUGAUGAUGGGAAGAUGGAGAGAGAAUUAAUUGCCAAAACAAAUAAUGAACUAAAAAAAUACACUAAAGGACAGUGGAGAGUGCUGGUUAGGACUGCUCAAGAUUCCCCAGAGCCACGGCAGUGCAGUAGAACCCUUGUGAUUUAUGGCUCAAAGGGGAAAAGUGAUGAUCUUCUCCUUUCUUCACAAAACUCAGGAUAUGUGUGUUUUCGACCAGGAGCGACUGAUGAAUUUCUUAUUGAACCUGCAGAUGUUGGUGAUGUGUACAAGAUUCGGGUAGCUUGUGAUGAUCUGCCAGACUUUGAGGGCUGGCAUUUGAAGUCUUUUCAUAUGGAGGAGUUGCACACUAAUCAGGAGGUGAACUUUGACUGCAGCUGCUGGUUUUCUGCUAGCGAAGAAGACCAAGUGUUGGUGAAAGAAUUCCCUACAGUGAAAGAGAACCAGAAACCUUUACCAGUGCAUAAAUAUCUCAUCAGUGUACACACGGGAGACCGCUGGGGCUCAGAAACCUUUGCAAACCUCUACAUAACACUUUAUGGUGAAAGGGGAGAUACAGGUGUUAGGAAACUGCAAAAUUCUCUCACAACAGGAGAAAAAUAUCAAAGGAACAAGGUGGAUUCCUUUUUGGUGGAGGCUGUCUCCUUGAGCCAUUUGAAAAAGAUAGUUGUAGGACAUGAUGGAGAAGGGUAUGGAGCUGGUAUAUACCUGAAAAUGGUAACAGUGACAUCAGAGAACUCAGAUACAGAAUGGCUCUUCCCAUGCUGGAGCUGGCUGGAUACUCAUAUAGGAAUCUGUGAUACCGUUUGUGACAUUAAAACUAUAGGUAAAAGAUUGACAUCUGUCUCAGCACAUCGUCAAAUCAACAUACAGUCCUCAGGGGUGUGGAUAAUGGACAUCAUUGGGUCUGAUGUGGACACUGAAACUGCUCCCAUGCAGCUUACAUUCAGUUUUUAUGGAGACCUGGAUUGCAAAAAGUUGGCUGUUCAGAUUUCAGGAAAAACAACACAAGUCAAAGAUGAGCUGAAAAACAUUGGACCCCUUUUCAAGGUACAGGUGUCUGAUCUACAAACUCACCUGACAGAACCCUGGCAUUUAGAUCUGCUGCAUAUGAAACAUACAGGCACCAACCAAGAGAUGUGGUUAAUGUUUGACUGCAGGUUCAAACCCAAUGAAGAGAUAUGUGUUGAGCUACCAACAUUCUCUGCAGACCUGGAUCCUUUGCCUGUUGUGGAAUAUUCCAUUCAAAUAUACACUGGAGACAAAAAGAAAGCCAGUGCCAGUGGAGAUGCUUAUCUUUGUAUUCAAGGAGAGAAGGGUGACUCUGGGAAACGAUGGCUUAAUAACUCAAGAAGAGGCCCGAUCACGUUUGCUAGAGGGCAGGUGGAUGUUUUCAAAAUUAAAGCAGUACAUCUUGGGAAGCUGAACCAAGUCUUUUUUGGGUUUAAAAGUUUGAAAAAAGAUGAUUGGUUUCUAGAAAAGAUAGUAAUAAAAGAUGGAAGCUACCCUUUUACCACAUAUACCUUUGUUCACAAUGAUUGGAUCAAUAAACAUUCCAAGAAAGAUUUUGCAGAACUUGCCAUUCCACUGCAAGAAGUAACUGCAGCAUCUGGUCUAGUGAAAGACUUUGAUGUUAGAAGCCGUGGUCAGUGGAGAAUGUGGAUGGACUGUACUAACAUUCCACAAAAAAUGCCUGAUAUAAAGGUGCUCAUAUAUGGAACUAAUGGGAUAUCCCUUCCGCAAAGAGUUCACAAUUUUAAAAAUGAGCCAUUUUUGUUGAAUGUUGGGGAUGUUGGCCACAUAACAAAGAUUUCUUUUGUGUUAUUCAACCCAAGUUUGAAUAAAGGAAUUAAACUUUUGAAGCUCCGUAUGAAAGAUGUGGACACUAAAGAAGAACUGGGCUUUCACCCUGCAAACCGAUGGCUCUUUGAAGAAGAUGGGUCAGAGACUGUGACAGAGCUAGCAACAGUCAGACCAGAUGAAGCACCACUUAAGGAAGUUACUUAUUCAAUCAGAGUCUACACAGGAGCAUUACCAGCAUCAGAAACAGAUGCAGACAUCUUUAUGACAAUAUUUGGAGAAAAGGGAGACUCUUCCCAAAGAAGACUAAAAAAUUCAGAGUCAUGUACACAUUUUGGAAAGGGUCAGGUAAAUAUAUUCACUGUCCAGGCAAUAGAUUUAGGGAUGUUAAGCAAACUGCUUGUAGAACACAAUCAAUUUGGUUAUGGAGCUGGCUGGUACCUCAAUCGGAUCACUAUACAAGAAAAAGAGAAAAGUGAUGGCCCCUAUGUGUUCUCCUGUCAACAAUGGCUGGACAGUGGAAUUGGUGAUGGAAAGAUGAAGCAAGAACUGCAACUUCUUGGGAAAAUCAGAAAAGAGAGGCUGACAGGAAAUGUUCAUGGAACUUGGGAUGUCACUAUUACAGCCAGGGAUAUUUCAAGCAAUGAUGUAAACCCAAAGCUGAUCCUGUCAGUUUGUGAUGGCAAAGGCACAUCUGCCUCAGUCUGCAUUCCCAAAGGACUGCUGAAGAGGGGUGAAGCACAUCAGGCAUCACUGGAGCUAGAGAAGAAGUUUGGCAUGAUCUGCAAAGUUCGUUUGGAAAUAGAGGACAUAGGUGGGGACACCUGGCAUUGCAGUGAGGUGAAGCUCCAGCACCAAAAAAGUAAAGAAAUUUUAGAUUUCCCUUGUUUCCGAGAUUUUUCAGAACAGUACACAAUGGCUGAAUUUCCAGUUCUCAUAGAUGGCUGCAGCUGGUUAACAGUGAAACGUUUUGUCCUGCACAUCUCAACACACUCAUCCCCAGAUUCAGGAACAGAUGCUGAUGUGUAUGUCACUUUGAGAGGAUCUAUGGGAGACACAGGCAAGAGAAAAUUAACUAAAAAUGGAGAGGACAUUUUCACUAAGGGGAAGAUGGAUAUUUUUCAAGUGGAAGCCGUAGAUUUUGGGACUGUUCAUGAGCUUGUUGUGGAAAAAGGGAAAGGCUCUGACUGGCACCUUGAAAAGAUUGUUGUGGAAGAGCCCACAUUAGGAGGGAAGAAACUAUUGUUUAUGGCUCAGACAUGGCUAAGAGACAGAACUGAUAAGAAAAAGUUUGCAUCAGUGACACUGAAUGUAACAGAAAUAAAAGAAAGGAAAAGUAAGGCUUCUUCCCUGUUACGAAAUCAACAAAUGAAAUCAGAAGGUCUAUGGAAGAUUUACUUCACUAAAUGUCAUGAAGAUUCAUCAGAAGAAUUUGAGAAGUCUUGGGAAAACAUUUCUAAAUUGGUCAUGAUAUUUUAUGGAACAAACGGCAAAUCAGAACCAAUUUCAUUGGACGGCAAAAGAAGAGAUCAAUCUAAGAACCAUAUAACAUAUGAUGUACACUUCCCACAUGAUCUUGGGAUGUUCUAUAAGGUGACACUUGGGCUUCAUCAUUGGAGAGAAAGCAUAUCCCAGUUGUCUCUUCAUCACUGUAAAAUACAGAACACGGCAACCCUAGAUACCUUUAGUCUCUCUACAAAUAAAACACUCCCUCUUCUUAAUGGAGACCAAUGGAUUGAGCUCCCUGUAGAAUGGCCAUUAAGGGAACCACUUUCUGUGGUUACAUAUCACAUCAAAAUAUUCUCCAGUGACAUUUUGAGCAAGAUAAACUUGUUAUGUGUCUGUGUGUAUGGAGACAAUGGAGAUACUGGUGAUAGGCCUGUUUUGUUGUCUUUGCCGCCUGAGAUCCAGCAAGGAAAAGCAAAAGAGUUGUUUACAGGUCAGAUAGAUGCUGUGGAUCUGGGGGCACUGAACAAAAUUGAACUUCGGAUCAGAAGCAAAUCAUCCUGUGAAGUGGAUAUUAGAGCAUUACACUUGAAGGAAGCUCCAAAGGAAGAGCCUGUCUAUAUAUUUGAAGUGAAUGAAACAUUCCUUUUGGAUGCCAGUAAACCUGAAAUAAGAAGAGAAAUCCCCCUCUCUUCAGUUACCAAGGAUGAAGGUGGAGUAGAAAAUCUGGAAGAAUACAUUAUUAAAGUAUACACAGGUGACAAGAGAGGAGCAGGAACUGAUGCCAAUGUGCACAUAAUCCUGUUUGGAGACAAGGAUUCAUCUCAAUUAAUUCAGCUCAAUAAAUCACUUGAUCAUCGAGAUCCCUUUGAAAGAGGAAAGACUGACACUUUCAAAAUUAAUACAAAGAAUGUUGGAAGGCUGCAGAAAAUUGAAAUUGGACAUGAUGGGAAAGGAUUUGGAAGUGGCUGGUUUCUAGAAAAAGUAGAAAUCACAGAUGAGUCUACAAGUGAACAGCACUGCUUCAGUUGCAAUAGGUGGCUGGCUGAAGAUGAAGGUGAUGGACACACAGUUGUGCAGCUUUAUGUGUAAUAUUUUUCUGGGAAUCCUGACUAAGUUUUCCCCUCAAGUGGUUUGCUUGUAUUUCCUACUUGUGAGAGAACUGCAAUUAUCUCGUGAACAAAUAUCAAAACAAUGUAUCACAUUUAAAAACUCGAGUGAACAUGUAAGAAUCUUGAAUACCUUUUUACGAAUACAAAAUAAAACAUGAGUGUUGCAA